UAUUGUUAUUUUACAAGUCCGUGUUAAAGGUGGGCAACCAAUCAGGAUGUGUUAAGGUACUGGCAUAUAAACCAAAUCAUAUCACAACGAUAUCCACAGUUCGUCUGAGAAUCGCCAUCUCGAAUCAUUUGAUCCGACGGAACGAGCUUAAUUCGUGAGAUCUGAUCAACUUUCAUUUCAACAUGGCAGAAGCGGGAAAGGCGCCUUAUUUUCAAGGAGUUCUUGAACACAAGCAAAGCGGCAGCAAGGAGAGAUAUAUGAAGCUCUUCGUUUGCCUGGUCGGAAGACAAGUCUUCAUUUAUGAUGACUACAGCAAGACGAAAUUGUUGGGAAGGCUGACCUUGGAUAUUGGAACCAAGGUCAAAUCGAAGGAUAAGAAUGGUUAUCGGAUUGAACUGACCACCAGGGAUUUUGAUAGCAAGGGCAUGGCAAUCCCCAGGAGAAACGUGUUUAGGAGCGAGUCAAGGCGCGACAGAGAUAUCUGGUAUGCGUAUAUACACGCCUUGACCAAGGGUCAAGUUCUUACCAACCUCAAACUUGCGCCAGCCAUUGUCUUUAACAUACAACAGGCUUUACAAGAUUGUAUUCGUCCUGAGCGUCGCCGGCGAGUGAGCGUGCCUAACAUCCUACCUCCCUACCAUCAGGAGCCGCGACCGGAUUAUGACUAUUCCCGGCGUCAGCAACAUCCUCCCACUGCUCAUCAAACCAGUCGGAACAACCCACCUUCCCUCUAUCCUGUCCAUGGAUCAGCGCAUGAAUGGGGAAUGGGACGUGCUGCGGUCCCGCCUCCAAUUCCACAGAAGAAGUUUUUAAGAAAUUCCAUUAGCUCAGGGGAGUCGGGGGGGAGCUGUGAUAGGGAUAGUAUGUCUGAUGGACAUGAUAACCAACCAGGGGUCUACAAGACGCACCAGUUCUACACAAAUCAUAAGAUGAAUGUCAACAGCAUUCCAGCGUGGUUCUUUGAGAACUGUACCAGGGAGCAGUCGGAGUUGAUCCUGACAAAGGGAAAGGACUAUGGUAACGUCAUGAUGAGAGAGAGUACCACUCACAGAGACAGCGGGAGUUAUGUCAUUGAUAUCUGUGAGGAAACACCAAGGGGAUGUAAAAUAAAGCAUGUUGAAAUCAUACGAGGGCAAGGGUUUGUGCUGAGGACUGAAGAGGUAAAGGACGAGUCAUUUUCUUGCCUGACGGAGGUGAUGGGCUGCAUGAUGUCGUCUCUUGGACCAAAAUACAGGACCAUGUCCACCAAUGAUAAAACAAAGAUAGGCAUCGAGGACCCGGAUUAUGACUCAAUCGUGUAUGUUGAUGGGAAAGCAACUCUCCGAUCAACAAUAACAAAUCCACUACGAAAAGAUUCAGGAGAGGGAUUGGAGCCAUACCCACGACAAUUCCGGGAAACAGGCUACAAUUCUGACAACUCGGACUCGGAUGAAGAUUACGUUCCAAUGGAUGAUGACCCCACGCUAUAUGAAAGAAUAGAUGAUUACAUUCAACCUGACCCGUCAGAUGUUGUAGCACCUAUAGAGGUCCAAUCAAGCCAACUGGCAACAUUAUCCAUAUCAGAACAAGACAUCAAGAAAGAUGUUCCAUCCUGAAGAUGCAAGGCAAUGAAGUGCUCUAAGUCCAGAUUUCCUCAUAAGACUUUGGGACAGGAGGAAUUAAAGUGACCUUAUCACAGCAUUCUGGUUAUUGAUCUGUCAGACCAAUUUUCGACAAAUGGUUUACCAUCAUUUAAUCAGAACGGUUUUGAAAUACUUGUAUUUUAAUGAGGAUAUGCUUUGCAAGUUCAGCUCUUUUCAUUAAUGAUGCCUGGAGGGCAAAAGUUACAUUAAGUUUUCCAUCUUGAAUUUGAAACCAUAAAUGUUUUGUAGAGGCACAUGUGUUGGUACAACUCCUGAACAUUAAACAUGAUAAGACAUUUUGAAAAUAUUUCUCAGACACUUCAAAUUUUCAGCAUGUCCUCAAAUAGGCCUUUCUUCCAUUCAUGUUUGGUACAUAUAACUCUUAGCCUUACAGCUGACUAUUUCUGAUUCAAUUUUUUAAGCUAAAACCAAUUUUGUUGCUUUUGAACCUGUCUGGGGUUACCCUGGGAAUCCAGGACAGUAAACUUCCUGGUUGGUUUGCCCUUCAAUAGACUUUUUAAACUUCUGUUCACACAUGCACAUUAUGAUAAUGUAGAUACCUAUGUCUAUCAAUGCCCAAGGCAUUUACCUGGUGCAGGAGGAUUUUUGAUAGUCUGAUUGUGAAGUAGGCCCAUGGACUGUGCAUGAAAAAGUCAUGCAAGGAAUGAAUACUUUUGUCAGUGCAAACAAAUUCUCUCUCGCCUUCAAAUGAUAUUUGAAAGAUAAUAACUAGGCCUACCAUUUCAAAUGUGUAGUUCAAUCAAGUAGGCCCAUCGACUGCAUGAAAAAGUCAUGCAAGGAAUGAAUACUUUUGUCAGUGCAAACAAAUUCUCUAUCGCCUUCAAAUGAUAUUUGAAAGAUCAUAACUAGGCCUACCAUUUCAAAUGUGUAGUUCAAUCAUGUAGUUUGUUCCAAAGUGUUAUUUUGCUUGUCAAUGCGGUAAAACUAGGGAUCUGUGGUAUUUUUAUAUCAGCCAACAAUGCGCAAAAUAAGAGCUCCCAUGCUUUGUCCUCACUUUCCCCUCGUGACAGGCUUUUUUAUCUGUUGUGCAAUUAUGACCAGUGAUCUGGAAAAAAUUCAUUAUAAAAAGUUGUAAAAGCUUUCAGGCAAAGGAGGUUACCAGUCCACUGACAAAUCUUGUGAUCGAAAAAAAACAGGUACUUGGCAUUCUUCCAUUAAAUGAUAUUCAGUAAGAACAAACCAAAAUUCCAAGGGAAAGUUGGACAUAAGGAAGCCCUGCAAGGAAGUAAAUUUGGCAGGCCACUGGGUUAUACUUCAUGCUGUAACAAUAGCGUCGAAGCAGAUUGGAUGAUCACUUUGAACUUUUUUACUGAAGUAACUUAGGCAUUAUGUAUCUAUACUGUCGAGAACAAAACGAGACAAACAGGUUUUAAACCCAUCUGAAGAUCGAAUUUCUGGAUUCAAUACACAAAUAUUGUUUGUAAAAAGCUUGUAAAUAUUGUAUAAUUAAAAUGUCGGUGAUAGAAUAUUAUAAUUCAACAGUUUAAGUUUUCAGAAAUUAAAGUAGUUUCUAUG